AAAAAGGUGUGCCUUUUGCCGCACACCAGAAGGUCAAGUGCUUACCUUUAUCCUAUUUUUCCUCCAGUGGCCGAUGAUCUGUAUUGUCAUGUGGGUAAAUUGAGGACUAUGGAAACAUACCCGGUGACCUGGCUCACAGAGAAGGUUGACAUUUGUGAUGCCAAUCAUUUUCUUUGCCAAGAAACGCUAAUAAUGAUCAAAUCAGGCUCCAGGAUAGCUAUUUUGGCUACUAAGGGCUGUGUCUCUGAAGGAUCCAAAUCUGUGACUUAUAUCCAGAACUCUGAAUUCCCUGGCCUGAUUGUAAUCUCCUACAGCAAGUACUGCGAUACUUCCUUGUGCAACAACAUAAAGGAUUUGUCCCAGAUUUGGAAACCACAAGAGGAGAUCCCAGGUGCUCUAGAAGGAGGAAGAGAAGUGCUGAGAGAACACCAUGGACAACUGUUGCUCUCGUUCCCUCCAGUUUCCAAUAUGUCCACAAGCGUCCACUGCCCCACCUGCGUGGCUCUGGGGUCCUGCUUCAAUGUUACCUCUCUGCCUUGUCCCCGCGGUAUAAAUGGAUGCUACGCAGGGAGAAUCAUGUUCUCUGGAGAAGGCAUCGACACGCUCGUGGAGGUCAAAGGCUGUUCAAGCAUGACGCACUGUGAGCUGAUGAACGGGUUCUCCAUGAUAGGGACCCUCUCCAUAUCAGAAGUGUGCCCGCAUCCCUCUUUAGUACAACGAAGCACUGAAAGUGGGGCCCCUUGGCUGUGCCUCCCAGUGCGGGGGCUACAGCUGCUGACACCGUUGCUGGGGCUGCUGGCCCACCUCCUCUGAGGGCCAGAGCACUGGCUGCCUCCCCUGACCGCCGCCCCGCCGGGCGAGGGACAGGAGAAACACCCUCUGCAUGUGUCCAGCAUGUCCAAUAAAAGUUGCCUGUGAUUUGUGUGUGCGCCUCAACAUCAG